AAAUCCCCACUCUAAAAACCUUUCAUAUACAAUUAUUUCCCGGUAACCAAACAGGCCCCAAACAAUUUCCGCCAUUGUUAAUCAAUCAUCUUCUCUCUCCAAUACAAUCGGAAAACGGAAGAAUGGGAGCAGCAAGUGUUUCGGACUCCAUGGCAGUAGUAGCAGGUGAAGCUCAAUCUAAUGGAAGUUUGGAGGUCCUCUCUUCUUCUCUCUCCGUUGAUACUUCUCUCGCUCUUCCCGCCAUGAAACCUCGCGUCAUAGAAUUAUGUAAGGAUAUAUUCGAGAAAUGGUCACAUUUGGAUGAUUCAUGCUUUUCUGUGGAAACUGUAGCUGGAGGGAUCACCAAUUUAUUGUUGAAGGUUAUGGUCAAGGAGGAGAAUGGCAAUGAGGUGUCAAUUACUGUUAGAUUGUAUGGGCCAAACACCGACUAUGUUGUCAAUCGGGCGAGGGAACUGCUGGCUAUUAGAUACCUCUCGGCUGCAGGAUUUGGGGCCAAAUUGCUUGCGCUUUUUGGGAAUGGCAUGGUUCAAUCUUUCAUCAAUGCACGGACUCUUACUCCACCUGACAUGAGGGAACCAAAGUUGGCAGCUGUAAUAGCUAGGGAGCUUAGGAAGUUUCAUGAAGUUGAAAUUCCUGGUUCUAAAGAGUCCCAGCUGUGGAUUGACUUGUCGAAGUUCUUUGAGAAAGCAUCAAAGCUCAAAUUUGAUGACAAACAGAAACAGGAGAAAUAUCAAACAAUCUCAUUUGAAGAACUUCAGAGUGAAGUUAGUGAACUUAAGGCCCUAACGGACCGUCUAGGUGCUCCGGUGGUAUUUUCUCACAAUGACCUGCUAUCAGGGAACUUAAUGCUGAAUGAAGAGGAAGGGAAGCUUUACAUAAUAGAUUUUGAGUAUGGAUCGUAUAACUACAGAGGUUUUGAUAUUGGUAAUCAUUUCAAUGAAUAUGCUGGAUAUGACUGCGAUUACAGCCUAUAUCCUAGCAAGGCUGAACAGUACCACUUCUUCAGGCACUACUUGUGCCCUGUGGCUCCACAAGAGGUACCCAACUGUGAUCUGGAAGCACUUUAUGUUGAGACAAAUUCUUUCAUGUUAGCUUCACAUUUGCUUUGGGCUUUAUGGGCUUUGAUUCAGGAAAAGAUGUCUCCUAUCGAUUUUGAUUAUCUGAGUUAUUUCUUCAUGCGGUUCAAUGAAUACAAAAGGCAGAAAGAAGGCGUCUUCUCUUCAGCAAUAUCUUUCCUUAGCAAGUCUCGGGAUUAGACUAUGUAUGGGUGAUGUAUUUUUAAUUUUCUGAGUUGGUAUUGACAGCUCUGUUUGUGUUUCAGGGAGAAGUUCCCGAUAAUUCUGCUUGCAGGUCACUCAGUAUUAAUGUAGUGCAGCAGCAGAAAGCCUCGAAUUCUCAGCUCUUACUGCUUUGUUGGCUAUUCUUUUCCAAAGUUGUUUUUUCUUGGUUUCCCCCAUCCGCAUCUCUCACCCUGUUUGAAGAUCUUUUAGCCAAGCAAAGAAACAAUGAAGGUAUUUUUCAAGCAGUUAGGGUGUAUAUGAGGCUGUAUGCUUUGGUCUUGUUUGUUGUAAAAUAUUAUAUUUUGAAGAUAAAUAAUAUAUUUGUUGGUCUUGUUGUAAAA